AUGACUUGGUAUUCAAUCAAUUCAACUGGUACCAUUAACAGAAUGGCGACAGAUAAUAGAAAUCUGAUGUCGUUCAACGCAGACAACAUAUCGCAAGUCUUAAGUCUGUUUGGCCAACUUCCCUCAGACAAGAAACAGCUCCUACUGCGCAUGCUCGGUCUCAACCAAGAAAGGGAUGUAUUUGCAUUGCUGGACGAUUCACAGACACUAUUUGCCUAUCCGGAAUACAGGCUCCACAAGAUUCUCCUCCUCUACGUUUCGCCGCUCUUACUCGUAUUGGGCACCUUCGGUAAUAUAUUUUCCGUGUUUAUUAUGCGUCAGCGGUCCAUGAUUCGAAUGUCGGCUUACGUCUACCUAAUUCAUCUGGCUGUGGCCGAUUCAAUGGUUCUAUAUAUCGGCCUUCUCCGACUGUGGAUAAGUGAACUAACAGGCAUGGAUAUCCGAAACCAGACUGCCUGGCUCUGCAAGCUGGUCAUCUUCAGUGGUUAUGUCAGCAGUAACCUGUCUGUUUGGUUGAUCAUUGCCGUCACAGUAGAACGGUACAUUGUUGUGUGUCAUCCGCUGAAAGUGAAUAAAUUCUGUACGGUACCCCGCGCCAAGCGAGUCGUACUGGGCCUUCUCGUGUUGUUCGUGCUUAUUCAUGUUCACUUCUUUUGGACGGUAACGCUCAAUCAGCUAGACUUGAACGGUGUCGACAAACACUACUGCGGCAGCCGGAAGAAUUUUCACUACCUCGUCAGCGUAGCUUGGCCAUGGAUCGACGCCAUCUUUUAUUCUUUCCUCCCGUUCGUCGCCAUAUUAUUUUUUAACACUCUUAUCAUCCGUCGUAUUAUUAUUCUCAGUCGAGGCGCAAUGAAAAUGCAAAGUGCUCAAAGUAAUUUAUUGCAGGUACGAAGAUGCCACAAUGACAGCAGCCGAAAAUUAACACUGAUGUUACUGACGCUAUCAUUUACACUUCUGCUGACGACACUUCCACUUCCGGUCAGUUUAAUUCUCGCUCAUUUCUGGAAUGACAAAGCGACGCGAGACUUUGACUCAGCGGCAAAAUAUCAGCUAACAAAGACGAUAGCCGAACUGAUGAUGUACCUUAACCACUCGAUGAACUUUAUUCUUUACUGCGCUAUGGGUCAUAAGUUUCGUCAUCAGAUCGUCCGUAUGUUCUGCAAUCGGCACAACAACAUGCAGGGAUUAGCUGACCACACCCAUCAUAUCUACUGUUCGAGAUACUGCUCGGCACAGGGGAACGUCUCCAACCAAAAACAGUGUUCAGACACAGGAGUAUAA